AUGGUUCACCACCGUAAGAACAAGACCAUGCUGUGUCAGUGUCAGUCUGAGAUCGCUAUCUCUCCGGCUCAGCCCUCAAUCGAGAACAUCUCUUUUGAAUGCACUCUCCCCACCGAGGAGCCUGCCAUCAAACGCAUCACAAAGCCCCUGCCCUUUGCUGACAACAUUGCCGAGAACUUGGCCUGGGCAUCUGCCUUCAUUGAUCGUGCCGCCCACCUCACCGAGGACUAUGAAGCUUUGAAGGACCGACUCCAUGCUGCUAUCGACACCAUUGGAAACGAUGCUAUCGAAAUGACACUUCUCCGACAACAGCUGCACAACCAGUCUCAUAUUGUUGAGCAGCUUGAGUCGACCGUGGCAGGCCAGGAGAAGACAAAGCAUGAGCUUGAGCAAAGACUGGCCAAGAGCCGGGCUUCGGCACUCAAGGCGGAAAGGGACCUUACCAACAGGCUCCAGACUGUCGAAAGAGCUUUGCGCCAGUCCAAGACAGCCGAGAGUCGUCUAAAGAGCAAGCUUGACAAGACGCUCCUUGAAGAGCACGAGAGAUGGCAGCGUGAGGCCGAGCAUGAUAGAGAGGAUCAUGCAGCCCUCGAUUCAGCCCAUGAUUCGCUCCAAAGGGCUCUUCAGGAGAAGGCCGCUUUGCAAGCGGAGCUGGACGAAAAGAGCCAGCAGCUUACUUCGACUCAGCAUGAUCUCAAUGUUGCUCAAGAGUCCAUGGAGGCCUGCAAGAAUAACUGCGCAGCCAAAGAUGUGCAGAUUGCUGCCCUUACUGAUCAACUCGCAGUGGCCAACAGAACUAACACUGAUCUCUCCGCAAGUCUCGAUAAUACCAGAGCUCAACUCUCCUCCAAGGAGCAAGAGGUGGCAACCCUCGCCGAGUCUCUCAGCCAGGCCAACAGCAACCUAUCAGAUGCCAACCAGACCAUUGCUGAGAAGACCAGUGCCAUUACCACCCUUGAAGCCAGCCUAGCCGGCGCCCAAGAGGAAAGAGAUCAGAAGAUCAAAGUGCUGGAGGAUCUUCAAAAGUCAACCGAAGACACGCAAAAGGCCCUCCAGGACAAGAUUGACGAGCUCAGUGCGCACGACCUCCAAGACCAUGAGCGGCUUGAGGCAGCCAACGAGGCAAAGCGACUAUCUGAAGAGUCCGUUCGAGACUUGCAGUCCAAGGUCGAAGCCGCUAAUGCGCAUGACGCUGAUGUCCAGAGACGGCUGCUGGCUGAGGCUGAGGCUAAGCAGGCGGCUGAAGCUGAGCUUGCGCGUGUUAAGCUUCAGCUUGAAGAGGCUAGCAAGCCUAAGCUGCCGAACACUGUGACUCUCUCGAACCCGAUUCCCAUCGUUGGUAGCCUUGGUGGUGCCUCUGAUAACUUCGACGACAUCUUCUACCCCGUCGUGUGCUCAUUCCCCGUCACAAUCUACGGCCACUCAUCAACCAACAUCUUUGUAUCCAUCAACGGCCUCCUCAGUCUCGACACAGGUGACCGAUCCUACACUUACAGGCCUCUCCCCGCUCGAGACGUCAGUCUCCCCGCCUACACGCUUCUCCCCUUCUGGUGCGACUUGUACAUCUACAAGGGUACUCCCCAGGGUAUCUACUACGAGAUCACUGGCCAGGCACCCUCUCGGUCCCUCUGUGUUGAGUGGUAUGUCUCUCGCUAUGGAGACAGUACUCAGUACUACCACUUCCUCGUGAUUCUCGAGGAGGCACGACCGAAUGUUGUCACUUACAAGUAUUUUGAGGCACUCGAUAAGGGCGCACAAUGCACCAUUGGGGUGCAAGGACCAAACGGUGCCCAGCAGUGGUCUUACAACCAGGCCAAGGUGCUGCCUGGUGUUCAGGUCGUGAUUGAUACGGGAUCUGGUUCUGUCACUCAGAGCACAUUUCCCAUCAGCAACUGA